AUGUCCAGAGACAGGGAAAGAUUUGGAGAGUACUACGAGACCGUAAAGAAGAUAAAGAAAGAUCCAACCUUUGAAACAACGACGGAUCAUGCCGUGAUGGGUAUCAGGAGACACGUGGCGGUGCCUCCUGGGACGACUUUGAACACCGUGACUCCAUGCGCCGCUUGUAAGCUACUCCGCCGUCGUUGCGCGGAGGAGUGUCCUUUCUCGCCCUACUUUUCGCCGCACGAACCUCACAAGUUCGCCGCCGUUCACAAAGUCUUCGGCGCUAGUAACGUCUCCAAGAUGCUUCUGGAAGUGGGUGAGAGUCAGAGAGGAGACGCAGCGAACAGUUUAGUAUACGAAGCCAACCUUAGACUCAGAGAUCCAAUCUACGGCUGCAUGGGAGCAAUCUCUGCUCUUCAACACCACAUUCAGUCUCUCCAAUCCGAACUCACCACUGUCCGUACAGACAUCCUCCGCCACAAAUACCGAGAAGCCGCCACGAUCACUUCCCUUCAAAACAACAACUUCAACAAUAACACUACAACAUCAGUGACCGAUCAUGGUCUCGCGGGGGCUAUUUUGCUCCCACCACCACCGCCGCCUCCUCCUCCACCACGACCACCAAGGUUGCUGUUGUCUCAGCCGGCUCCGCCGCCUACGCCACCGGCUUCGUUGCCGUCUCCGUCGAUGGUUGUGUCGUCAUCUUCGUCUUCUAAUUCCUCUGCUACAAAUUCUAUGUAUAAUCCUCCUCCGUCUUCGGCGGCUGGAUACAGUAAUUCUCUGUCCAGUGAUAAUAAUGUUCAUUACUUUGAUUAA